AUGGGAAGCACAAGACAAGGCGGAACAGGUGGAGUCAUCAGGAAUAGCAAGGGCAAUUGGGUUGUGGGAUAUAUGGGAAACUUCUAUAUGGCAAAUAACAUGAAAGCUGAAUGGAUAGCACUCUUGCAGGGACUUCGAAUAGCACUAGAAAGAGGAUUAGUACCAUUGGAAGUUAACGUUGAUUGCAAGGAAAUUAAAACCCUCAUUCGAGGAGAACACCCCACUUACGAAAAUAUUCUUUCUGAUUGCAGGGAUCUACUUCACCGUCUGUGGAACCCCACAGUACACCACGUCUUUAGAGAAACAAACAAGUGGCAGACGCUCUAG